GCACGCGCGGCCCCGCCCCGUUUUCCCCGGCGCUCGGAACCCGAGUCCGCGGGAAGAUGGCGGCCCCGCUCAUCCCUCUCUCCCAGCAGAUUCCUACUGGAAAUCCAUUAUAUGAAUCUUAUUACAAGCAGGUAGACCCAGCAUACACAGGGCGAGUUGGGGCCAGUGAAGCUGCACUUUUUCUAAAGAAGUCUGGGCUCUCAGACAUUAUCCUUGGGAAGAUAUGGGACUUGGCCGAUCCAGAAGGUAAAGGGUUCUUGGACAAACAGGGUUUCUAUGUUGCACUGAGACUAGUGGCCUGUGCACAGAGCGGCCACGAAGUUACCUUGAGCAAUCUGAAUUUGAACAUGCCGCCGCCCAAAUUUCAUGACACCAGCAGCCCUUUGAUGGUUACGCCACCUUCUGCAGAGGCCCAUUGGGCUGUGAGGGUAGAAGAAAAGGCAAAAUUCGAUGGCAUUUUUGAAAGCCUCUUACCCAUCAAUGGUUUGCUCUCUGGAGACAAAGUCAAGCCAGUCCUCAUGAACUCGAAGCUGCCUCUUGAUGUCCUGGGCCGGGUCUGGGACCUCAGUGACAUUGACAAGGACGGGCACCUGGACAGAGAUGAGUUUGCUGUGGCCAUGCACUUGGUGUACCGAGCCCUCGAGAAGGAGCCUGUGCCCUCCGUCCUGCCCCCAUCUCUCAUCCCCCCCUCCAAGAGGAAGAAGACAGUGUUCCCAGGCGCUGUGCCCGUCCUGCCUGCCAGCCCCCCACCCAAAGAUAGCCUCCGCUCCACACCCUCCCAUGGCAGUGUCAGCAGCCUGAACAGCACUGGGAGCUUGUCUCCCAAGCACAGCAUCAAGCAAACACAGCCAACAGUAAACUGGGUGGUGCCGGUGGCGGACAAGAUGCGAUUUGAUGAGAUAUUCCUGAAGACCGACCUGGACCUGGAUGGCUAUGUGAGUGGCCAGGAGGUGAAGGAGAUCUUCAUGCACUCAGGCCUCACCCAGAACCUUCUAGCACACAUAUGGGCCCUGGCCGAUACGAGGCAAACGGGAAAGUUAAGCAAAGACCAAUUCGCAUUAGCUAUGUAUUUCAUUCAGCAGAAGGUCAGUAAAGGCAUCGACCCCCCUCAAGUCCUCUCGCCAGACAUGGUCCCGCCCUCAGAGAGAGGCACUCCCAUCCCGGACAGUUCAACUUCUCUUGGAUCUGGGGAGUUUACCGGUGUGAAGGAACUUGAUGAUAUCAGUCAAGAGAUCGCCCAGUUACAAAGAGAGAAAUACUCACUGGAACAAGACAUUAGAGAAAAGGAGGAGGCAAUCAGACAGAAAACCAAUGAAGUACAGGAAUUACAAAAUGAUUUAGAUCGGGAAACAAGCAGUUUGCAAGAGCUUGAAGCUCAGAAACAAGACGCCCAAGACCGCCUGGACGAAAUGGACCAGCAGAAGGCCAAGCUCCGAGACAUGUUGAGCGACGUCAGGCAGAAGUGCCAGGACGAGACCCAGAUGAUUUCCUCGCUGAAGACGCAGAUUCAGUCUCAGGAAUCCGACCUUAAGUCGCAGGAAGAUGACCUGAACCGGGCCAAAUCUGAGCUGAACCGACUGCAGCAGGAGGAAACACAGCUGGAGCAGAGCAUUCAGGCUGGGAAAGUUCAACUGGAAACCAUCAUCAAGUCCCUAAAAUCCACACAAGAUGAAAUCAACCAGGCAAGAAGCAAGCUUUCGCAGCUGCAUGAAAGCCACCAGGAAGCCCAGCGGAGUCUGGAGCAGUGUGACCAGGCGCUCGACGGGGCCCAUGGAGCCAGCCUGACCAACCUAGCAGACCUGAGCGAGGGCGUCUCCUUGACAGAGAGGGGCGGUUUUGGAGCCAUGGACGAUCCUUUCAAAAAUAAAGCCUUGUUAUUUAGCAACAACGCCCAGGAAUUGAAUCCAGAUCCUUUCCAGGCAGAAGACCCCUUCAAAUCUGACCCAUUUAAAGGAGCCGAUCCCUUCAAAGGUGACCCAUUCCAGAGUGACCCCUUUGCAGAACAACAGACGGCGUCAACAGAUCCUUUUGGAGGGGAUCCUUUCAAAGAAAGCGACCCGUUCCGUGGCUCUGCCCCCGAUGACUUCUUUAAGAAACAGACAAAGAAUGACCCAUUUACCUCAGACCCAUUCACGAAAAACCCUUCCUUGCCUUCAAAGCUCGACCCCUUUGAAUCCAGUGAUCCUUUUUCAUCCUCCAGUGUCUCCUCAAAAGGAUCAGGUCCCUUUGGAACUUUAGACCCCUUCGGAAGUGGGUCCUUCAAUAGUGCUGAGGGCUUUGCCGACUUCAGCCAGAUGUCCAAGCCCCCAACUUCUGGCCCUUUCACCUCCUCCUUUGGAGGGGCAGGAUUCUCAGAUGACCCCUUUAAAAGUAAACAGGACACUCCCGCUCUGCCUCCGAAGAAACCUGCUCCUCCUCGGCCUAAACCGCCCAGCGAAGCAGUGGCUGAACAGAAAAACCCUGCAUUGUACACGCUGCUGGGUGGUAAAAGUACACCCGUAAGCCAGCUUGGUUCUGCAGACUUUCCCGAGCCCCCCGAUCCAUUCCAGCCACUCGGGGCUGACAGCAGUGACCCGUUCCAAAAUAAAAAGGGGUUUGGGGACCCGUUUAGUGGAAAAGAUCCAUUUGCUCCCUCCUCUUCAGCUAAAUCUUCUAAAGCCUCUUCCUUGGGCUUUGCAGACUUCACCUCUUUUGGCAAUGAGGAGCAGCAGCUGGCGUGGGCCAAGCGGGAGAGUGAGAAGGCGGAGCAGGAGAGACUGGCGAGGCUGCGGAGGCAGGAGCAGGAGGACCUGGAGCUGGCCAUCGCGCUCAGCAAGGCUGACAUGCCCGCCGCCUAGGCGUGGCCUCACGCACGUGCCCACUGGCUGGAUGGCCGUGGGGCAGGCCUGCAACAGCAGAGGACUGGAAGUUUCUGUGUAUAUACACACACGCUCAGUCUCAGCAGUCCCCGGAUCAUGUGACACGUCACAGCCACUGUUAUGUGAAGGACUCGCUGGCUGGUCAGAGGGCCUCGGGCUCUGAGAGGCUGGCCCUGGGGCGAGGGAUCAGCUCACACCUGUGGAGGCAGCCCUGGGAUCUGCCUCCCUGCUGUGACAUCCCUGCCUCCCUCCUGGAACCAGCAGAGUGAAGGACAAGAAGAGGAAGCGCCCGUCUCCUGCCCUCCCUGCCCUGCUCUCAGCCAGGCCAGCACCAGGGCCCAGGGCGCACCCCCCCCAUACCCCUGACCUCCCCCUGAGACAGACACCCUGGUGAUGUAUGCAGUCAUUGUAUAAAAAUUAAGUUUGAAUGAUUAAUAUAAAAUAUUUUAAUACAAAACA